AUGAAAUGCGUCUCUUCGCCGGCCCAUGCGGCUGGUUGUCACCAGGCUGUUGUCCUUAUAUGCUCAUUGAAGGAGGCUGAAUUGCGUGCCGAGCAUUUUUACAAGCAGUUUCAGCUGGCUAAUCAAAGGCAUAUUGUCCUCAUUGAAGAACUCGAACAGAAUCAGCUCUCCAUUGAACAGGCGUAUGAGAAGCGGCUCAGGGAAAUCAAACGACCCUGCUGCUAUUACGAUAAAAUAAUCGAUGAACUUCCGCGAGCAUUUUGGCAUACCUUGUUGGUGGGGAAAAUUGAUUUUAUCAUGAAAACAACUAAUCGGCCAAAACGAGCCGUACAUUUCUGGAAUAUGUGGAUGCUCACAAAUAAGAAAAUUGAUCCUUUCCUUCUGCAUAGAAAAAAUAUCGUAAUUUCAUCAAGUCUCAGACUGCUCGGUUUCCAGGGAUUCAGAGGAACGUUACCGUACUAG